UUUUAAGUGUAUCAGUCGUCAUUUCACAUCGCUACAGUAGGACGGAGAACGUCAGGAUUCAAUUUCAGCAUAUUUCUCUUACAACUGUAGUGGAGAAUUGCCUACUAUGAACUGAAUCUCUUCCUAAAACAAAAACAAGUAGAUCCUUGUGAAGUGACGCAUAAGCCAGUAGUUCAGCGUCGAGUUGUAAUUUUUUUGCUCCUCAAUGUAGCUAGAGGAAAUGGCUGUGGAAAGCAUGACUGUCCAUCCAAACUCCCCAACUACCAACCACGAACACAACAGUCUUCUGACUGACGAAAGGCCUGAAGAUGGAGAACUGGAGGAGGGCGAGUUGGAAGAUGAUGCAGAGGAGAUGGUGGAGGAGGAAACAGGCCAGGUGUCUGCUGCAGCUGGACAAGGUGUAGAUAAGGGCGAGGAUGCAGGAGGAGGUGGAGGAGGUGAUGAAGGAGGAGAAGCGGCGGCAGCAGAGAGGACUCGACGAAGCCGGGACCGCCACCCGAGCAGCGCUUCGGACGAUGAAAGAGCACACCGGCACAAGAGGAAGCGGAAGAAAGAGAAGGAGCGGGAAAGAGAGAAGAGGAGGGCGAAAAAGAAGCGCAAAUCAAAGCAUAAACGUCACGCAUCUUCUGACGACGACCACUCUGACUUCAGUGAGGACUCCGACUACAGUCCAAGCGAGAAGAGAAAAUACAGAGAAAGAGAUUACAGUCCACAAUACACAUCCUCUUCUCAUGGUGGCUACGGUGGGCCAAAGAAAGGCAGCUACAUGAAGAUGGACAAACAGGGUUAUGGGGGCUAUGACGACUAUGAAGAUGACAUGUAUGAGGGAGAGGAGGAGGAAGACAUGGGAGAGGAAGAGUAUGACGACUUCGCAAAGGAGCUCAACCAGUACAGAAAGGCCAAGGAGGGCGGCCGAGGUGGGAGAGGGGGCAGAGGUCGCAUGAAGAGCCUAAGAGGCCGUGGAGGAAUGAGGGGAGGGAGAAGAGGGAGAGGAGGAAGCAGGGGGCGAGGGGGGCGAGGAGGAAGGAUGGGGGGAGACGACGAUGGGGACGGCUACGGAGACGAUAUGGAGUAUGGAGAGGAAGACUAUGACAACAUGGGAGAGGAUGACUAUGAUGACUACUCUAAAGAACUCAGUCAGUACAAAAGGUCUAAAGACAGAGGCAGAGGUGUUAAAGGAGGCCGUGGACGAGGCAGAGGUAAAGGAGGGCGAGGCAUGAUCCGAGGACUGAAAGGCCGAAGCAGAGGGAGAGGAAGAGGCGACAUGGGGAACGACGACGACAACAAUGGGGACAUGGAUAACGGGGAUGGAGGUGAUGGUCCAGGAGCAGGGAGGCGACAUCAUCAUGAAAAGCACCAGGAUAAGAAAGGAAAAGCCCUCUGCAAGUAUUACAUCGAGGGGAGAUGCACCUGGGGGGACCACUGCAACUUCAGCCAUGACAUCGAGCUGCCCAAGAAGAAGGAGCUGUGUAAAUUCUACAUCACUGGUUUCUGCGCCCGCGGCGACCACUGUCCCUACAUGCAUGGGGAAUUCCCAUGCAAGCUGUUCCACACCACAGGAAACUGUGUUAAUGGAGACGAGUGCAUGUUCUCCCAUGAAGCCCUCAAUGACGACACUCAGGAGCUGCUCAACAAGAUGCUAGCAGAGGAUGCUGAGGCCGGAGCCGAGGAUGAAAAGGAGGUGGAGGAGCUGAAGAAGCAGGGGAUCAACCCCCUUCCUAAACCGCCUCCUGGAGUCGGCCUCCUCCCCACUCCCCCUCGCCCUGUAUCCAUGGACACCAACAUGGGCGCUGUGGACUUUGGUGGGCCUGUAGGUGGAGACUUUGGGGGUCCUCAUGGACCCAGUCAGGUUCCUCACAAAGGUCCACCGAUUCCACCUCCCGUCCCUGGACCGAACCCCCCCAUCGGUCCAGUCCACGGCCCGGAUGAAAGCCCCUUCCAAGGUGGACCACCCACAAAUCCCAACUGCCCUCCUCCACACAUGGUUCCCCCGCCUGGUGGUGGAGCAGCGGCCUCAGCCGGGAAGAAGAUUCCUUCGUUGUUUGAGAUUAAAGUUCAGCCAACAGGACAACUGGCUCAGAAACUGGCCGUCAGAAGCCAGGCUCCCAGUAGCAGUCAGGCUCAGACCGCACCUCCUGGACCCCAGGGCCCACCUGGGGCUCCCCCACCCCGCUUCCCUGGUCCUGCAGGCAUGAUGUCCCCUGAAUCACAGAACAUGGGGCCCGCCGGAGCCCCCAUGAUGGGGGGAUUUAACGACAGCCCCGCCCACGGAGGGACAGGACCUCCACAGGGUGGAGGAAACUUCUACAACGAGUUCUACAAUCAGCAGGACGGGAUGAAGAUGGAGGGAGCGCAAGAAGAUGACAGGUUUCAGAGUUUUUCCGGCAUGGACGACCGAGGAGGAACUGGAAACAGAGAAGGUCCUGCUAACGGGUCCACAGCCAGUCAGGGGGGCAUCUCUGUUCCAGACUUUCUGCCGCCUGCUCAGCGCGUCCUGUUCAUGAGGAUACAGCAGAAACAGCAGGAGGAAGAGGAGAGAGCACGCAGGAUGGCCGAGGGAGGGGCAGAAAAUCCUAAAACCGUUGAAGGUGACUCAGGGAACUGGUACUCCAGUGAGGAUGAGGAUGGUGGCAGCAGCGUGACCUCCAUCCUGAAGACACUCCGGCAGCAGACCCAGGCUCCGCUGAAAACGGACGGCGUUCCCGGCGACUCUCGUCUGCCGAAGCCUUCUUCUUCCCACCCUCCAGCUCGCCCGGCAGACCCCCGCCUAGCGCGAGACCCCCGCCUGGCCCGGGCUGCAGAGUCGGCCCACACAACAGACAGCGCUCAGCCCUCGGCUCCUUCGUCCCUGGGGCCGCCCACGGACCCUAGGCUAGCAAGGCUCGCUGCCUCGGCCUCACAUUCACCCCCUGCUUCAAAACCAGAACCUGCCAUGGUCUACAAGCCCCCCCCGCUCACCGCUCCAGCCGCAGAGGAGGAGGAGACGGAGCGGGUUCUACGGGACAAGCCUGUGCCGAUUCCUUUGGACCCGCUGAUGGGUAUGGCUCUGAGAGACCCUCGCUCUCAGCUGCAGCAGUUCAGUCACAUCAAGAAGGACAUCAUUCUGCACAUGCCCGCCUUCUCUAAAACCGUCACCUGGUCACCAGAGGACCUCCUCCCUCUCCCCAUUCCCAAGCAGGACCCCCUGCCUCUCCCUCCAGGCAUCCCUCCCGUACCCUCUUUGGGUCCACGCCUGUCCAGAGCCCAGCAGCCACAGCAGCUUCACUCGUCGCCGCCCCCCAACGCUCAGCCCGUUCCCUCCCUGGACCCUCCUGCAUCCUCCUCCCUUCCAGACUUUGAGCUGUUGUCUCGAAUCCUGAAGACUGUGAACUCCAUCCCGUCCCAGACCACCUCCCCUCCUCACGCACCCACUCCCCCUCCUGUCUUAUCGCUGCUCGGUCAACCGCCCCCCACGACUACCUCACCUGCAGAAAAACCCGUGGACCCUCGCUUACGUAAACCCCCGUCCGACCCCCGCCUGCAGCCACAGAAGUCAGCCCUGAAGCAACCAUCAGAACCGGUCCCCUCCGUCCCAGUUCCUGCUACGUCUCCAGCAGCUUCCUCAGGUUCCCCCCCUCCAACAAUCGCCCCCUACGACCCCAGGCUGCUCUCAUCAGGGGGGGCAGGCCGCAGUGGGAGCACAGGGGCACCAGGGGGAGCCAGCGUGCUGAGCAGCAUCAGCCUGUAUGACCCAAGGACUAACAAACCAGGUAGCCCUGGUACCAGCAGUGGCUCCAGCAACUCCCCCAACUCAGCCAGCACAGAAUCCAAACCCAGUGACGCCACAGCGAGUAAACCCAAGUCCAAGGAGCCGCUGUUUGUUAGGAAAUCUGCUCUGGACCAACCGGAGCCAGAGAAAAUUGUAGAGCAAGGAACUGAUCGAUACAACAGCUAUAACAGACCCCGACCCAAACCGGCCCCCUCGCCUAACUCCACGGCCCAGACGGCACCUGCUGCUGCCACUGGAGCUCAGAAUGCCCCUGGAGGGCCUGGAGAACAGGGGCCCGCAGGGGUCCACAACCUACCCGUGUCCUCCCUGUUCGGGGUGGUGAAACAGGCGGCCAAACCAGGCGGGACGAGCAGCCCGUUUGGAGGAAGCAGCCCGGCGCAGUCCGAACAGACAACCGCCGAGCAGGACAACGGCUCGCUGAAGGAAGUGUUCAAAGGCUUCGAUCCAACAGCCUCGCCCUUCUGUCAGUGAUACCAUAGAAACAGAGGGCCAAUCAGGUGGCUCGCAAGUUUGAACCUUUAUUUGGACGCCGAAGAGGUCGUUGACAAACCGCCUGAAAGACACAAACGUCUGUGAACGGGACGCCGCACUGAGGCUAAGGCUGUGGACUCUGUGUUGAUGGGAAAAAUCAGAUUUCUAUUUUAAACUUAUUGAUGUAUAAAAAGAUGUGUUCUCUUGUCUCAUAUCAGCAGAAAACGUUUCUAUAGAGCAAAUAUUUUAGCUUUAAAGCUUCUUUUUGUUCAGGAUUUUUUUUUCUUUUUUCUGCUGCACUGUCAGUCUUCAUGUCUGCAGCUCUGUGGGAACAAAUCAGAUUCUCAGCACCAAAAUGUCGCAUUUAGUGAAUUAUUUUCACUUUUUUUAUGUUUUCUGGAGAAAGAGACAAAACUAUCUAAAUAUAAAUCUAUAACCUGCUUGAUUUAUUUUCUAGUAUUUAUUUUUAUACUUCUUGGCACUGUCAGCUUGUGUUGCCCGAAGGUUAAUUGUUAUAUUCUAAUUCCGCGUUUCCAGGUCCGAUCUAAGCUCUUAACUUUCAGUUCUUUCUGUGCCACCGCUGUUAUCUCUUCUUUUUUUCACACAUUUGUUAAAACCUUUGCCUCCAUCUGCCUUGUAGAUAAUCUCACUGGUUGUAAAAACAGAAAAUUCCUGAUUAAAAUCGGCUUUUUUUUCCAGGAUUAGGAAAAUGUACCUGGACACUUUGCUAAAGCAUCACUUCCACUUCCUCAUACAAGGCUGGUCUUUUUCCUUUGUUUGCUCAAAAUUCACCAAUUUUCACAGUUA